ACGAGGCAGGGUUCAUAAGGCGCCGCGGCCCUCCUGCUGCUGACAGUCGCUCACGUCUUACCGACCCGCACCUACCGCCCCGACAGGUAACAGCUCUCAGGAUGCCUUCUGCAGCAGUCAGCGCCGCCGCCUCCGCCACGCAGCACCUGAACCACAGCCUGCGCAGUCUCGGCUUCGACCUCACCAACAUCUUCGGGAACUUCGACCUGCACACCGUGAGUCUGCUGGGGCUGCUGCUGCUGGCGGCCGUCCUGCUCCUCGAUGUCUUCAGCAAAGGGAGUAAUCGGCCCAGCUAUUUUCCCAACACCACCACCUAUGGGUCUUACGGGCGCAAUGGGCUGGCCUCCUCGGGGUCUUCACACCUGGAAUCUACCGCCCGCACCAGCCGCGGCCUGGAGACCAUGACGCAGGUUCUCGAGUCUCUGACCAACGCUGCCAAACGCUACGAGGGCCAGGACGCCGCCGAGGAGCAGCCCGUGGCCAAGGAACAGCACCUCAAGUAGUGGCUAAGACCUGCAGGAGGCGAGACAACCAUGUGAUUUGGGCUCCUUGUAGUGUCUUGUUGAAGCCUAAUGCCAAAUGUUAGUCAGAUCUUUAGUUUCGUCAUUGUCAGGUGGCAGUCACAUGUUUAAUUUCGUCAGUGUCAGGUGUUUAAGGUGAUCCAUUUCGUCAGUGUCAGGUGGCAGUCAGGUGUUCAAUUUCGUCAAUGUCAGGUGUCCAGUUUCGUCAAUAAUAGGUGGCAGUCAGGUGUUAAAUCUCGUCAAUGUCAGGUGUCAGUCAGAAGUAUAAUUUCGUCCCUUCUGCCAAUCCACUUCAUCUGGAGACUACCAUUGUUUUCUUUCCUUUGAUUCGUGUUAACCCUCACUGUUUGAUCCCAAUAAAGAAACAAACACAAAGUGAAUAGAAGAGCUAGGGCUCCCAUAUCCUUGCAGUUUUGCUAAGGCAUUUAUACCAGUAAGCUUAUUUAAUUGUGGUGAUUUAUGAAUACCAGAAAUUUCCUGCUGUUAAAGCGAAAACCUGGGACGUUUCGUACCAGGUUUUCGUUUUGACUUUCUCAGAAAGUGGACCUUUUAACAGAUUGAGGGGGGGGCAUCUGUCUCCCCAAACUCCCUACUCCCCCCCCCUGGGUCCUGUAUUACAUUCAAUAUUUUUCCAUGCAACUUAAAACGGUAGCACACACACACACACACACACACACACACACACACACACUUUAAUGAACCUUCCUCCUGUCAGAUUAAGCUUCUUUUAGACUUACAAGACAGUAACUCACAUUAAUGGAAUAACUUUACUAUUGGUGUCUCUGGGUAUUACUAACUUCAGGCCGUGGGAAGUUACACACACACACACACACACACACACACACACACACAAUGAAAAUUCCAUAUUCUGCGUUCAUCUUUAAGCAACAGGAUAAAUCACACAAUACGUUGACUUACGACUAUUAUUAAAAGAGCGUAAGACAAAUAUUAUAUAACCAAAUCCAGCGAGCAAGCAGGAGCCAUAUGACAUGCACAAAAUCAUUCCUGUUCUGUGCUUGGUCGUACGUUUAUUUUUGUCUGCAUUUAAUAAAUCCGAUUACAAGAAAAAUAGCCCAUGAAAGUUAUUAAAAACCCUGUAGGACAAGAAAUCAAGAAAUCAAACGAAUAUGUAUUUU